UCGCUCAAAAGAACCACGUGUAACAAUCAACUGGAAGAAAAAAAAAUUACUAGCGGUACUUUCACGCGCCACUCCAAUCAGCAACUGCAAUAACGAUAAUAGGAAUAAAACCCUAGCUAAAACCUCUCAUUCUUCUCCAGCAGACGACACCAAGGAAUCGGCAAACACAGAAAUCGAAAUAAAAAACACAAAAAUGAACAGUCCAAAUCGAUCAUUACACGACGAAGAAGAAGACGAUCAAGGCGAAGUUUUCCUUGACGAUUCCGAUAUCAUCGACGAAGUCGCCGUCGAUGAAGAAGAUCUUCCGGAUGCGGACAACGAUGAUGACGACGACGACACGGAUGAUUCUAUGCACAUAUUUACCGGCCAUACCGGUGAGCUCUAUACAGUAUCCUGCAGUCCAACGGAUCCUUUAUUAGUGGCGACCGGUGGAGGAGACGACAAAGGGUUUCUUUGGAAGAUUGGUCUUGGAGAUUGGGCAUCUGAGCUCAAAGGUCAUAAGGAUUCCGUGUCUUGUUUAUCCUUUAGUAGUGAUGGACAGUUGCUUGCAUCUGGAGGGUUUGAUGGACUUGUUCAAAUUUGGGAUGCUUCAUCGGGAAACCAUAAAUGUGUACUUGAAGGUCCUGAUGAGGGCAUUGAGUGGGUCAGAUGGCAUCCAAAAGGGCAUUUGGUGUUGGCAGGUUCUGAGGACAAAAGUGUCUGGAUGUGGAAUGCUGACAGAGGUGCCUAUCUUAAUUCAUUUACAGGACAUGAAGCAAGUGUUACCUGUGGUGAUUUUACCCCUGAUGGUAAAACAAUCUGUACUGGUUCUGAUGAUGCAUCCCUGAGGAUAUGGAAUCCAAAAAGUGGCGAAAACAUACAUGUUGUGAGAGGUCAUCCAUACCACACUGAUGGACUGACAUGCUUGGCAUUGAGCUCAGAUUCAACUCUUGCUAUUACUGGUUCAAAGGAUAAUUCUGUCCACAUUGUGAACAUAACUUCGGGCAGGGUGGUUAGUUCUCUUGCUUCUCACUCUGAUUCUGUUGAAUGUGUUGAGCUUGCACCAAGCUCCCCUUGGGCUGCUACGGGAGGCUUGGAUCAAAAACUUAUCAUCUGGGAUCUGCAGCAUUCAUUGCCCCGUGCUACAUGUGAACACCAGGAUGGAGUUACAUGCGUGGCAUGGCUUGGUGCAUCUAGAUACGUAGCUACAGGGUGCGUGGACGGGAAAGUGAGACUAUGGGAUAGUCUCUCUGGUGAUUGCAUAAGAACAUUCAGUGGCCAUGCUGAUGCCAUUCAAUCUGUAUCAAUAUCUGCUAAUCAAGAUUACCUUGUCUCGGGUUCAAGCGAUGGAACCGCAAGAGUGUUUGAGAUUGCAGAGUUCAAGUAAGCUAAUAGUAGAGUAUCAAUAUAAGGUGUUCAAAUUUUCAUGGUCGAAAAGGCAACUCAAUUUUGAAUGAAACAGAAAAAUUAUCCACUAGGUCUAUAUGACCACUUCUGUGCUUAUUUGCAAUUAUAAUUUGAUUAAUAUAUGUAGUUGAAACAGUUAAA